AUGAUAGACUCUUUACCUAAUGAAGUGCUAAGACAAAUAGUCAGACAAUUGGACAACAAGACUCUAGACCACUCCAUCUCUCAGAUACCAGUGCUUAGAAAACUAUCCACCCUAAAGAUUACUGAUAAUGAUGAGAUUAUGGUUAAUGAGGAUACUUCAGAUGUUGAUGUAAUCACAAUCCAAUCAAUAAUCAAUCAUAAAUUAUCCCUAGAUUCAAUAUUCAAACAAUAUCAUUUCUAUCAGAUCGAAAUCCAUAACUUUUCCAAAGAUGAAUCCAUAUAUAUGAGGUUCCAUAAAUUAUUGGCAAGAUUAAUUAGAUUAAAGAAAAUCAUUAGUAUCAAAUAUCUUGGGGCUGAAAUUGAUAUGAAUUAUCUCAAAAUGUUUAAAUCAUUAUUCAAUAAUCAUAUUGAUCCAUCAUCAACUCAUCCUGUUUCAUGGUUUGAUAUAACUUUUGAAAAUUUAAAACAAGUUAAAAGUAAUUGUAACCAUUUAUUAAUUUCACCAAAUGUUUCAUAUCCUUUUUUAGAAUCAUUAAAUCUUUAUUAUUGUUCACCAAAAUUUUAUUUUGAAAUCUUGAAUUAUCUUGAUUUACAAAAAUUCCCAUCAACUUUCCCCAAUGUGACUUAUUUAAAACUUCAAGAUUAUAUGAAUGAAGAAGAAGAUAUAUAUUCACAGCAUAGUAACAAUUAUAUCAAAUCAAGAGAUGAUGAUGAUGAUGGUGACAACUUUGAUGAUUAUGAUGAUUAUGAUAACAAUUCAGACUUGGAUGAAAAUGAAUUUUAUUUUGAUGGAUUAGAAAUUAUUCAAAAUUAUAAUCUUUCUAAAUUACAAGUUUUAAUCAUCAAGAAUUGUAAUGUUUCCAAGAUUAAAAAGAUAAAUGCUCCAAAUCUUGAUACUUUUAAAAUAUUUGAAUUGAGUAAUAAACAUAUAGAUGCUUAUGAUUUAAACCUUAUUGAUUCUUCAAAUAUUGUUAAAAGAUCUUUCAUAUCAUCAGCUGUUUCAACUUCAUGUUGUUUACAACAAAAUAAUUUCCCAAAUUUAAGAACUUUGAAAAUCAUUGGUCAUUUGAAAUUAACCGAUUUUUCUAAAAACAUUUUAGAUCUUGAUGAAAUUCAACAAAUUAUUAUAAAAGGUUGUAAUGUGGAGAUCAUUGAUAAGGAUUCAUUUUGGGAUAGUUAUCAUGGGAAUAACCAAAUAGCUUUAGAAGUGUUAUGA